AUGUCGAGCCUCAAUCUCCACUUGCGCGACAUGCGACAACUCUUCAGCUCACAGUCCAAGAGCGAGCCGGCCAUCAGCGUGCGGCGUAACUGCGUGCUCGUGAACUUCGAGACGCUAAGGGGGAUCGUUCUCGUUGACAGAAUAUUGCUAGUGGUUGACCCUGGCGCGGACAGCAUCCUGAUGGAGGUCAGAAAAGCGGUUUCGCAGAGCCACGACGACGUUUACGAGUUCGAGCUCAAGGCCGUCGAGGCGCUGCUGUCCGUCUCGUCGAAACGCCUGGAGAGAGAAGUCCGAGAGGUGGAGAAGCCUAUCGCGAACAUCGUGAACAUACUGGAGGGGCCGGGCAAGGGCGCCACCUCCGCCAAGAACAACGAUACCUUCCGCGUCCUGCUGAACAGCAUCAACGUGCUGGAGAACAGGGCUAAGGCGAGGCGACGAGCGCUGCUCAUGGUGCUCGAAGACGACACGGACUUGGCCAUGAUGAACCUCACCAGGAUGUACCAGAGCCCCGAGGACUACCUCCCGCCUCUCUCGGCCGAGGUGCUCGAGGACCACGAAGAGAUGGAACUCCUUCUCGAGGCGUACCUCCAGGAUAUCAACUCGAUCUACAACGUUCUGGAGCUGCUCCUAAACAGAGCGCGCAGCACGGAGGCCCUGGUGAUGGUGAAGCUCGACAUCGCCAGAAACAGGAUCCUCACGGCGGGGCUGGUGUUCAGCAUGGCCUCCACCUGCCUGACCGUCGGCGCUCUCGUCUCCGGAAUUUUCGGCAUGAACCUCAAGAGCGGGCUAGACUCCAACAACAUCCUCUUCGAGGUCGUUGCUAUUGGGACAGUGUGUGCUUGCACCGUGGCCUUCUGCGGCGUGUUCGCGUUCUUCUAUCGACACGGUAUUCUGGUAUCAUGA